UGUCGGCCAGGCAUGCAGUCCCAUGGAGUCCUCCCAUAGCCGGGGCUGAUUCUGUCUGCCGGACUCGAGCAGGGGGGCAAGAGACAGGGGUACAAAGUAUCUCUGCGUCUCCAUGACAAUAACCCGGCUCAGCCAGCGACCCCUCGAAUACCCCCUACUGGGGUCACAAACACUGUCCCGGGAGUUCCAGACCAAGCAGAUGUAGGAAGCGGAGAGGAAGCCGGUCUUCUGGAGAAAGACCAAGUUUAUAGGAGAAAGAUUUGUCCGGGAAAUACAAAGGAUGGCGCGGGGAGUCGGGGUCCGCAGCGACGAGCUUCUUCCGUCCACCGAGGGCAGAUAUGACCAUGACGGCCAACAAGAUCGCAGCCAUCCCUCAGAGAGCGGCCGGGAAUAAAAUCCCGCGAGAUAUUCUGGAACGAUCUCAGUCCGUGUCGCCGCCGCCUGUUUUGUCUCCGGUCCGAACACAGUCGUACCCCCUGAGCGACAGCGAAGAGUUCUGCAAAACCGGGAGGCUGCCCCAUAUACCCAGCACCAAGCUGGUUAUUAAAGACUGGACGCUGAGAGGGUCAAACCUACCGGACCCCCGAGCCCGAGCGUCGGCCGCCGACUCUUCCAACCAUCUCCUUAAGUCGGUCAGCGUCGCCUGUCUGGAUAAAAGGCUGUCGGUGUUUAAAGGUCCCGGCCAAAAAGAAAAUGCCCCGGAGAAUAAGGACAGCGAUGUGAUUGGCAACUGGCAGCUCAGUAGGAGCGCGCUCUCUCUGGGGUCCGCUGCCAACCAGCGCAGCCGACCCCACAACAGGAACCCCGUGCGCUCCCAAGCUCUUGACAUUAAGAGGAAGAUUUCAGAAUGGGAAUGCAGAAGGGACUCCGCUCCCAGGCUCAGCUUGUUCGUGGACAAAGUCGACCAAGGAGACAAGUCUACCAGUGAAGGAUGUCCCAGCAUGCUGGCGUCGCCAUGCAGUGAGAAGACGUUCGACUUCAAGGGAUAUCGGAGAAUGAGCAGAACAUUUUCGGAUUGCUCCUACCCAGAGACAGAGGAGGAGGAGGCUUUGGAUCGAGACUCGCUGCACAGGUUUGAAAGGAGGUCGAGUCGCACGGAACCGGCCAAUGCGUUCAUCAGAGGGCACUCGAGGAAAGAGUCUUCUGCUGUACUCAACAGAAUCCAGAAGAUCGAGCAGGCCUUGAAGGAGAAUCCAGGGAUGGGCCUCCCGCAGCUGCCGAGUAGUUGUUACAGCGUCGACACCGGGAGGAAAAGGUCUGUGACGUCGGGUACGCUUGACCUUCUUAAUGACUCCGUGACUAGCAGUAAAAGUGGGAAUGUAAAUAUUAUAAGCGAGCCGGAGAAUUUUAUGGAAAAAAAUGCCAAAACAAAACAAGGGAAUAUCUCAAACUCUAAUGGUUCCGGCGCUGUUCCGGAGAGCCCCGGGGCCGAGGUCAAUCCUGUCCCCAAACCCAAACGAACCUUUGAGUACGAAGCUGAUAAAAGUCAUAGAAACGCAUCCAGCAGCGGGGCGCCAUCUUCUCCCUCGCCCGUUUCCCCACCACCCCUUCCAUCCACCCCGGCACCUCCAGUCACCAGGAGACCAAAGAAAGAGGGGCACCGGAAGGCAUCCCAAAACAGAAAGUCUCUAGAAUUUGAGGAUGCUUCGAGUGUCCGCUCCCUGUGCCCCCCAUCACCUGUAGAAAACGGUACGGAGAAAAAGCACCGGUCUAGUUCUAAAAGCACUUUAGAAGAUAACACUUAUGAAGACAUUGUAGGCGAAUCGCCCAAGGAAAACCCCUACGAAGAUGUGGACCUGAAAGGACGACAUUCGGGUCGAAAGACCCAGCCGUCGGCCGACGUCUCUUUGGAACCGGCAAACAGGAUGUGGCGGCUGCACGACAGGAAGUACACGACACCUACGCAGACGCCCUCUAAAGCCAGCAGCCAGUCGCUAAGGAUCGGAAGUGCCCCUGAGCGCAAACACCGCGUGCCCCGGCUUCCUAAACGCCACAGCCACGAUGACAUGCUGCUCCUCGCCCAGCUCGCCAUACCGCCUUCACCCUCCAGCCUCAACGAGGACAGUCUAAGCACAACCAGCGGCCUCCUGGCCCGGCGGGCACGGCGGAUCCCCAAGCUUGUACAAAGAAUAAAUUCCAUCUACAGCGCAAAACGAGGCAAGAAGAGACUCAAAAAGCUGUCUAUGACCAACCUGGAGACCGCGUCUUUGCGAGACGAUAACAGUGAGAGUGAAAGCGACUCGGAUGACAGAUUUAAAGCGCAUACCCAGCGCCUCGUCCAUAUUCAGUCCGUGCUGAAGACGGCGCCGAGUUACCGCACCCUGGAGCUGGAGCUCAUUGAGUGGCAGGAACGGGAACUCUUUGAGUAUUUCGUCGUGGUGUCCAUGAAGAAAAAGCCUUCCAAAAACGCGUACUCGCCUGAGGUCACCUACCAGUUCCCGAAGCUAGAGAGGCCGACCAAGCAGGUCCGGGAAGCCGAGGAACGUCUGAAGGCCAUUCCCCAGUUCUGUUUCCCCGACGCCCGCGACUGGCUGCCUGUGUCUGAGUAUAACAGCGAGACCUUCUCUUUCAUGUUAACCGGAGAAGAUGGCAGCAGGCGGUUUGGAUAUUGCCGACGGCUGCUGCCGAGCGGAAAAGGCCCCCGUCUGCCCGAAGUCUACUGCGUGAUCAGUCGGCUUGGCUGCUUUGAUUUGUUUUCCAAGAUCCUGGACGAGGUGGAGAGGAGGCGCGGGAUCUCCGCCGCUCUCGUGUACCCGUUUAUGAGGAGUUUGAUGGAAUCGCCGUUCCCAGCCCCUGGAAAAACCAUCCGGGUGAAGACCUUCCUGCCUGGCGCAGGCAAUGAGGUGAUCGAGCUGCGGAGGCCCAUGGAUUCCCGCCUGGAGCACGUGGACUUCGAGUGCCUGUUCAGAUGCCUCAGCGUCCGGCAGAUCAUCCGGAUCUUCGCCUCCCUGCUGCUAGAGAGACGCGUCAUCUUCGUGGCCGAAAAGCUAAGCACCCUGUCCAGCUGCUCGCACGCCGUCGUGGCCCUGCUUUACCCCUUCUCCUGGCAGCACACCUUUAUACCCGUCCUGCCGCUGUCUAUGAUCGACAUCGUGUGCUGCCCGACUCCCUUCCUGGUGGGGCUGCUGUCCAGCUCUUUACCUAAACUCAAGGAGCUGCCCGUGGAAGAGGCUUUGAUGGUGAAUCUGGGCUCGGACCGGUUCAUAAGACAGAUGGACGAUGAGGAUACCCUGUUACCCCGGAAGCUGCAGGCGGCUCUAGAACAGGCUCUGGAGAGGAAAAACGAGUUGAUUAAUCAGGAUUCCGACAGCGAUUCGGACGAAGAGUGUAACACGCUGAACGGGUUGGUAUCGGAGGUCUUCAUCCGCUUCUUCGUGGAAACCAUCGGCCACUAUUCUCUGUUCCUGACUCAGAACGAAAGAGGAGAGAGAGUCUUCCAAAGGGACGCCUUCCGCAAAUCCGUGGCUUCCAAGAGCAUCCGGCGUUUUCUGGAGGUCUUCAUGGAGUCGCAGAUGUUUGCUGGAUUUAUUCAAGACCGAGAGCUCAGAAAAUGCAGAGCGAAAGGGCUCUUCGAACAAAGGGUGGAGCAAUACCUAGAAGAACUUCCCGACAGCGAGCAGAGCGGCGUCAACAAGUUUUGGCGAGGACUCGGGAACAAGAUGAAGUUUCUUCACAAGAAAAGCUAGACCCCCCCCAAAAUAGCGAGUGACUAUU